AUGGAGACGUUCGAUUGGGAUGCCUUAGAGACGGAAGAACUCUCUCAGGCCACUCGGGCUGCCGUAUCCCCGGUGGCCAGUGUGGAGGCGACUGCCCGGUCAAGGUCUCCGUCGACCGGAAGUGGUGCCGCGGGUGCCGAGGAGUUGUCUUUCAACGCUGGGGACUUUCCAGAGGAGGACGUGCGUGAGUGGUAUGUCAGCUACGAGCGUGUGGCGGUGAGAGCAUCCCCGCAGUUGGAGGGUGAAGUGCUGGGCGUCCUGGCACGCGGCCGGGUGCUGCGAGGCAUUUUGUACCACUGGGAGACGAUUCCAUGGCUGAAGGUGAAGCUGGAGGAUGUGAAUGGAGGGCCCCUGGCUGCCCAAGAAUGGCGUGUGGAGCUCCCGGGCGCCGUGCUGCGGCGGCUGCACGGCACGGGCACCGUGGAGGUGAAGGAGCUGCCUGUGGGCAGUCUGCUCUACGGCCGCCCUUGCGAAGACUCGGAGACUGCGCAGCUGAAGACGCGCCAGGGACGGGUGAACCGCUACGAAGGAGGGAAAGAAGUUCUGAAGCGGUUGCCCGAUCGGUUCGCCUGGAUCCUGGUUGAAGCGGACCAUUUGGGUUUGGGUGCGUUGCUCCAGCCCUUGGUCGACCACUGUGAUGGCAGUGAUGGCAAUCACGUUGCAGAACCUUCGGAAAAUUUGAAAGAGACAAGGGCCGUGCAGCUGCGCCGUGUUCGCGACCGUGGUUUGGGGCUCUUUGCCAUGCAGAAGUUUGAGCAAGGUGACUGCGUCUUGGGGGAUCGGCCCUUCUUUCGGCGUCCGAGUUUCGCUCAGCUCAGGCAACAGAAACUCUUCACAAAGAGUUUCCGAGAGAAGUUUGAGCAGAUCAAGGUUCCAUUCACUCGAGGGGAUGAGGUCCAGAGCCACAUCUACGCCUCCGCCUCGAUGCUGCGCAGCGCCGUGAGCUUCUGCGGCGCCUCCCUGAUGGCGCAGCAGAUGAUUUUGGAGCUGCACCAUCCACCCUUGAGCUCUGAGCAUCCCUUAGUGCGUGUCUGCGGCGCCGUGGCCAAGCUCUGUCGUGCGCAGCUGCCGGCGUGUCGGGACAUGCAGGAGGAGUUGCUACAGCGAGCCAUCUUGUCCAUUGAGAUGAACAUGUUUGUGGGGGAGUGCUGUUUCCUGAUGCUCAGCCGAAUGAACCACAGCUGUUUUCCCAACGUGGUGUAUAUGAGCGACAAGAAGCAAUUCCGGGCUCUGCGCCCGAUCCAACGGGGAGAGGAAUUGCUACAUUCCUAUCUGGGAAGGGAGCUGCUCCUCCCUACGGAGCUCCGUCGACGCUUGCUGUGGCGCUCCAAAUGCUUCGAGUGCCAAUGCGAGCGCUGCGUGGCGCAGGAAGAUCCCAUGCGCACAGUGGCCUGCAGUUGCUGUGCGGAGAUGAAGGAGAAGUACCAGGUGGUCUUUGAUCCUGGCAUCUGGCUACGAGCUGACCCGAGCCUGCAAGGGAAGCAGUUGAGCUUCCUUACAGUGGGAACUGGCCUUCAGGGGAAGGGUGUCAUGAAGAACAAUUGGUUGCAGGUUGAGGCAAAGGUUGGGUGCGGCUGGGUGUUGCUGGAUGGGCGAUCCUUGGUGCCCCCGUUGCGGCACAUGCUAUGUGUGCGCGUGGAUGCCAACGGCCAGCCCUGCUGCGAUUCCUUCGACGGCAGCCCGUUGCCCACAUGGCCGGGGCGGCGGUUGUGGCACGCUGCGGCGUCGCAGCUCUUGCCACCCGACGAUGUGCAGACACCUGUGGCCGACGACGAGACAGAGGAGGAGGCCUUUGCCCGUGAUGUUUUGAACGACCUGCGCCUGGAGCACAUGCUGCCCUGCGCGGCCUUCGAAGAAGGUAGCGCUCGCUGCAGCUUCGACGUGGGCACCGGAACCUGGCAAUGCGGCAGCUGUGGGCAACAGGCGGAGGCGUCCCUCUUGGCCACGGAGCGCUUGUUGGGAAGACUGGCCGAGCGGACGUUUUUUUCACCCAAGAUGACCCCUGCGCUGGGCAACGUGAGCGGUGCUGCCAUGAACAUGGGCGCCAACUUGAAGAUGGUGAAGCGCCUCUUCGUCCGCCAAGCCUUCGAGUUGAGCGGCGCCUGUGCAGGAGUGCUGGGGCAUCGCCAUUGGUCGGUCCAAUGGGCGCGUUUGUUCCUGGUGGAUUUGGUGAUUUCAAGGCUCAGCUACGGCACGGGCAAAGGCCGUGACCUGGGGCUGUUGAUGUGCCAAGCCUUGCAGGAGCUUUGGAGCUGGUUGAAGACCCUUCACUUGUCUCAUGAUCCCAGUUGUUUCCUGCUGACGCGUACCCUGGAAGCCCAAAGACUUCUAGGCAGCGACCCAGAUCCAGAUGUCCGAGAGCAGCUGCAGAGGUUGCAAGCCCUGUCCAGCUCGUGCACAAAGCAGGUUGACAUACUCCCAUUACGCCCGUUGAUCAUCGAUGGCAGCAUUUCGUUCCAGUGA